AUGGGUAGCUUAACAAAUCCCGAUGGAUCGCAAUAUCCAAGCAGCUCCCUCGAUCCGGCAGUCAAGUCGACGCGAAACAAACGCACGCCAUCUCAGUCAUCUUUCGAAAAGUCGAUAUCUGGUCCGACUGACCCCUGUAUGGGCAACGCCGACGCCACGAUCCUUGCUACACACUUUGGCAUUGAGCUUGAAUUCGUUCUGGCUUUCAGAGAAGACCUGCUGGAAUCUAUCAUAUCAAAAUACAAUUUGGACGCCGACAUCAUCAAAACCCUGGCAGAUUACGAACAUCGCUCUCUAAUCGAACACGACAAUAUUGGCACGAAUCCUUCCUACGAAUGCCGAUGGAGGCACCCGUCGUGGGCACUACACGUUCCAGAGACGGACAUAGUGUGCAACUCGAAACUCCACAAGGGCAUGUUUUUCAGCAGAGUACGCAAUGGAAAGCAAUGGGUACGACGAUACGUCGCGGAACCACUCCUCAUUGCUCAAGACCGCCUUGAAAAACAGGGGCUUCUUUCCAAUGUUGUGGGAUGGGUAGAACCUGACCCACACAAUCGAGACUCUCAUGAGGCUUCGAAGAUCAUCCUGCCGAACCACAAUUCCACCGACGAAAGAGCCUUACUUCGAACGAGUCUAAUAGACUACACAGAAUGGACUUUGACAAACGAUCAUACUGUUGUUGGAGCGCUUCGAAGUCAACUACGAGAACAUCUGAUUUCUCAAGGAGUCACCGAGGAUGAUGUUUCGAAAUGGGAUAGCUAUGGAGUGGAAAUGAUCUCGCCCGUGUUUGAACUUGAGAGGAAAAGGGAAGCGCUUUCUCAAAUCGAAAAAUAUCUUGGAGGUCUAGUCUCGAAGGAGACUUCAAUUCUUGAAUCUGUCUGGGCUAGUGCUCAUGUGCAUAUCGGAUUCAAUUUCUCAAGUGCGAAGGAUAUCCCCAUACUGUUGCUUCAGCAUUUGGCAUACAUCCUUGUCCUACACGAAGAUCUUUUGUCGAAGUGUCACCCUCGAAGUCGCUGCGGCAUUCAACUUUUGGAGUCAGCCCCCGAAGAGGUGGAAGAUGAAGGCUCAAUCGACGACGAAGUCUUUGAUCCCGACGCCCCCUACGAACCACCACCCGAGCAAUCAGAGGAAGAGUUAGAGGAGUGCAACGAACGAGUGGUUCUCGCUUUCGAGGCCAAGUACACCGGAGCCGAUAAUGUCAGCUCCAACGCUCGGUAUCUACGGAAGCAAUUAUCACAGAGGUCCACCCAAUACUCCCCCGAAUCGAUCAGAGACGCCAUCUUCAAUCAAGGCGGCAAUAUUUUUGACCUGGUGGCCCUCUUGCAACCAAACGAUGAACACGGCAAUCCACACAGGGGAUAUAUGUACAAUUUUGCGAAUCUGGUCAAUCUAGCACGCAACAACACGACUUGGAAACAGAUUAAGCCGACAGUGGAAUUUCGCCAGCACGCUUGCACGAUGAGUGCAGAAGCGUUGAAUCGAUGGGUAACGCUUUUGGAAAGAGUUGUGCGUGUGGCGGAAAAGAAUGCACAGGGGACAACGCCGUCUGGUCCCACCAAUCCUGCAGAUGACGUGCAGAGCUCUUUCGCGAAGGGGGAAUGCGACAAAUACCCUUCUCAGUGGCCUUAUGAGAGCAUGAGCGCAUUCUGUGGGGAAUUUUUAGGCAUGAGUUUGGAGGACCAGCAGUACUGGCAACAGAGAUUCGAAAGAUACAAGGAUGACAGACCGGAGGAAGUAGGCGAUAAAUGA